CUCUUGUAAUCUCCUCAGCAUUCAUCAAAUGUCAAGUGGAAUCAGCGAACUCGACCAAAUGGCUCUUGAUAUUGAAGAGGCGCGUCGUCAGACCACCUUUCCAGUUGAACUUAUGACAUACUACCUUCACCAAGGCAAACAAAAUACAGAAAAGCAGCGCGAAUUUCAAAGGAUUCUUCUCAAAGAACCACUUUUUGAACAAGCUACCUACACUUUCUUGAGUCGAGACGAGAGACUUUAUAGGUCUACUAAUGCAGCCAAGAGACUUUUGGAGCUGUCAAAUGAACACGGUUGGAACGAUGAGGAUCGUGAAGACUUUCAAAACAGAAUUGGUACCGGAAAUCCUCUUACCUUGCAUUUUCAAGCGUUUGUUCCUGUGAUAAACACCAUUGGAACACCAGAACAGAGCAGGAAGUGGAUUGGAGCUGUCAAAAGACACGCUGUCUUGGGAUGCUAUGCUCAAACCGAACUUGCUCAUGGAUCAAAUGUGCUUGCUCUCAAAACAACCGCUACAUUUGAUCGUAUCACAGACGAGUUUGUGAUCAAUACCCCAGACCUGACCGCUGCCAAAUGGCUUAUUGGUGGCCUUGGAGUAGCAUGCACUCAUGCUGUAGUUCAAGCACAACUCAUUCUUGCAGGCAAGUCUCGUGGACCACAUUUAUUCAUUGUUCCUAUCCGAUCUAUUGAGGAUCAUAAGCCUAUGAAAGGUGUCACUGUAGGUGACAUUGGUCCCAAGGCAUAUGGUGGAUUUGCUACGGUAGAUAAUGGCUAUGCCAUGUUUGAUAACGUUCGAAUUCCUCGUGAAAAUAUGCUUAUGCGAUUUUCGCAUGUCACAAGAGAAGGCCUCUAUAUUCCACCUAUCCACGACAAGCUGUCUUAUGGAAGUAUGGUACGAAUCAGAGUUGACAUUGUGAAAAGUGGGGGAUGGCAGUUAGCAAAGGCAGUCAUUAUUGCCAUUCGAUACUGCACUAUCCGCCGUCAGUUUGGUGGGCAGCCGGCUUCUCCUUCUUCUGGGAACAAGGCUACUCUCGAGACUCAAGUCAUGUCUUACUCUGGAGUCCAGCACCGCCUGCUGCCCUUACUGUCACUUGCCUAUGGCUGUAUAGUUACUGGUCAGGAUCUUGCCAGAGAUUACGGAGAGCUGAUGGAUGGACUGGCUAAAGGAGAGACGGAAAAUCUUCCUCAGCUGCACGUAAGCUCAUGUGCACUCAAGGUGUGGUGUACUCGCCGUGGUGCAGACGGCAUAGAAGAAUGUCGAAAGGCAUUGGGUGGACAUGGAUACUCGAUAUUCAGUGGGAUCGCUGAUAUAUUUGCUAUCUUUGUUCCUGCCAACACAUACGAAGGCGACAACUAUGUCCUAUCUCAGCAAGUCGGUCGUUAUAUUCUCAAACAGCUUCAAGGCGUGAUCAAGAACGGCAAGGUACCCUCUCCGACUGUUUCGUACCUUGAAACACUUUUGGAUGGAACCGACAACCCAUUUGUGUUUGGUGGUCCAGAUGCCUCUGUAUUGAAUCACGAUGUUCUGCUAACUCUGUUUGGUCGCCGUGCUGCCCGUCUUGCAGUUGAUCUGGCCAAACAGCUCGAGUCUGGUCGCCCUUGGUCGGACGUGAAUAUGGAGUGCUGGAAUAUAUGUCUCGCACAUGCCGAAUAUGCUGUGCUGAAACAAAUGAUUAGUCGGUCUGCAUUACUUGAGUCAUCAUCCGAGUAUGCUCCAUUGGCCAAUGUUAUCCGCCAACUGACAAACUUGUAUGCUCUCUCAACUAUUUGUGAAACUUCUACUGCCACAUUUUUGUCAACCUUGACAAUUGCUCCUGCUGACUUGGGGGCAAUUCAAGCUCACUACCGUGCUACAUUGGCUAACAUUGCUCCCAAUGCAAUUGGAUUGACUGAUGCAUUUGACUUUACCGAUUUUGAGCUCAACUCUGCCCUUGGAGUCAAGAAUGGAAGGGCUUAUGAAGCUUUAUGGGCUGCCGUUCAGAACAACCCUAUUAAUACAGAAGAAGGAAGACAAAAGUUUCAGAAUGCUGUCAAGAAAAUCACAAAUGUGAAUGAUAACAUAGAGUUUAGCAAGACAUCAAAGCUUUAGAAAGAUAUCUAUAAAGAUAUAUAUAAGUGUGUGUGUGAGAGAGAAAAGCACCUAAUAAAGAGGUUAUUUAUUAUAAAGAAUUGCCCUUGAUUUGCUUUAUAUUGAAUGGUUCAUACAAAUACAAGUUUGGGGGUUUAAUUCUUGU